AUGCUGCCUAACUGCACAAGGAAAAUGGGCACAGGGGAUUAUCUCUGCAUUGCUAUGAGUGGAGGGGCGCCUUGGGGCUUUAGACUGCAAGGUGGCAAGGAGCAAAAGCAGCCUUUGCAAAUCGCCAAGGUUCGCAGCAAGAGCAAAGCAGCUAAGGCUGGACUGUGUGAGGGAGAUGAGGUGGUGUCUAUCAAUGGCAAGCCUUGUGGAGACUUAACCUAUGCUGAAGUUAUUGUUCUGAUGGAAAGCCUGACUGAUGUCCUGCAGAUGCUUAUCAAAAGAUCCUCCAUCGGAAUAAAUGAAACUUUGAGUGCUGGAAGAGAAAAUGGCAAACAUGAUAACAGAAAAAAUGAGGACUACAGAGAGAGCACCACACUGCAAAUUAACACAGCGAAAGAGAUACCCCAUGGAGAUUUAUGCAUCACAGAGAUAUACAGUGAGACUCACCAGAGAGCAGGAGAAAGCAACAUACACUUUUCUGAAACGAAACAACAGACCACACAAAGCCACAGAAUUAUUCCUAAAGUGCUCGUGACAGAUGAUGCAGCUUUCAGAGGGAAGACAGAAGAAAGAAAGCCAGGUACUAUGGUUGAGCUGCAGUUGUCCCUCUCAAAUGAUGUGCACAAGGGCACUCAUGCUCCUGCUGUGACUCUCUUAGGGGAAGAAAAAUGCUCCCCAUCAGGAAGAGGACCCAGUGUACAACAAGACGGGACUAGCCCUGUAAUUGCACUUCCCUUGGGCAUGAAAGAGGGCAACAUCCAGUGGUCAAGCAAAGUCGUCCAGUUUUCUAGUGGCAAAGAAGUCAAGACAAUCCAAGGUGCAGCUCCAUCUCUCCCCAGGGUGGAAGUGAUCCUAGACUGUUCCGACAGAGAGAAGCAAGCACCCAGGUCUCUAGCUGAAAGGGGGUGUGUUGAUUCUCAAGUGGAAGGAGGGCAGUCAGAAGCACCUCCUUCCCUCCUCUCCUUUGCAAUCUCAUCAGAAGGCACAGAGCAGGGAGAAGACAACCAGCACUCGGAAAGGGAUCACAAACCUCUCAAGCACAGGGCAAGGCACGCAAGGCUCCGGCGAAGUGAGAGCCUGUCAGAGAAGCAGGUGAAAGAAGCCAAAUCUAAAUGUAAAAGUAUUGCAUUGCUGCUGACAGCAGCCCCCAACCCCAACUCCAAGGGGGUGUUGAUGUUCAAGAAGCGCCGUCAAAGGGCAAGGAAAUAUACUUUAGUUAGCUACGGUACUGGGGAGUUAGAACGUGACGAAGACGAGGGUGAAGAAGGUGAAGGCGAAGAAGGGGACAAAGAAAACACUUUUGAAGUGAGUUUGCUGGCAACGAGCGAGUCAGAAAUAGAUGAAGAUUUCUUCUCUGACAUUGACAAAGACGGUAAUAUUGUGACGUUUGACUGGGACAGUGGUAUACUUGAGGUUGAAAAGAAGACAAAAAGUGGAGACGAGAUGCAGACGCUUCCCGAGAGCACAGGUAAAGGCGCCCUCAUGUUUGCCAAGAGGCGGCAGAGGAUGGAUCAGAUCACGGCUGAGCAAGAGGAGAUGAAGGCACGCACGGUGCAUACAGAGGAACACACAGAAGCCACUGUGUCAGAGAACUUCCAGAAAGUAAGCUCUUCAGUCUAUCAAACAAAAGAGGAAGAAAUGUCAAGACAGCAGACCUGUGUGAGCAAAAGCUACGCAGAAGUCAGCCAGAAUCAUAGCAAAAUGGUACAACAAAAUGGCUUUGGCUUAGCACCAGACACAAACCUCUCUUUUCAUCCCUCUGAUGCUCAAAAAGCAGCAUCUUUGAAUAAAACAGCUAAACCUUUCUCUCCUGGGGUUCAAAACCGAGCAGCUGCACCAUUUUCACCCACCAGAAAUGUCACUAGUCCUCUUUCAGAUAUACCAGCACCACCUCCUUACUGCUCUAUUAGCCCACCACCUGAGGCCUUCUACAGACCCGUUUCAGCUCCUGUCACCAACAGAGCUGCCCCAGCUGUGUGGUCACCCACUGAGCCAACAGAACACAUAGCAUCCAGAGAUGAAAGGAUUGCAGUGCCAGCCAAAAGAACUGGGAUACUGCAGGAGGCAAAGAGAAGAAGCACUUCAAAACCUAUGUUCACUUUCAAAGAAGCACCCAAAGUAAGUCCUAAUCCUGCCCUGUUGUCCCUUGUACACAACGCAGAGGGCAAAAAAGGUACUGGAGCUGGUUUUGAGUCAGGACCUGAAGAAGACUACCUCAGUUUGGGAGCAGAAGCAUGCAAUUUCAUGCAGAGUCAAGCAUCUAAACAAAAGGCCCCUCCUCCAGUUGCUCCAAAACCUUCACUCAAGGUCUCUCCUACUGCUGGUACUCCAGUUUCACCAGUUUGGUCACCUUCAGCUGUGGCUCCGAAUAAAGCUCCUUCUUUCCCCGCACCAGCUUCCCCUCAGGCAGCGUAUCCUGCACCACUCAAAUCUCCACACUAUCCUCAUUCUCCUGCCCAUCCCCCAACUACUCUCAACCUAGCUGGUCCUUUCAAAGGGCCUCAGGCAACCCUAGCAAGUCCAAACCACACACCCAAGACAACACCAGUCUCACCAAGUGCUGGAGAAACAAAAACACCCUUUGAGAUGCCACCAGCUAUGAGCGGAAAAGGAGCACAGUUAUUUGCCAGAAGGCACUCUCGAAUGGAGAAGUAUGUGGUAGAUUCAGAGACUGUGCAGGCAAACAUGGCACGAGCCUCAUCUCCAACUCCAUCUUUACCAGCUUCUUGGAAAUACUCAUCUAAUGUCCGAGCACCUCCACCUGUUGCUUACAAUCCCAUCCUCUGCCCAUCUUAUCCUCCUGCUGCUACCAAGCCCUCUGCUAAGUCCACUGCUGCUACCAAAAAUACAAAAAGAAAACCUAAGAAAGGUCUCAAUGCUUUGGAUAUUAUGAAACAUCAACCGUAUCAACUCGAUGCAUCUUUAUUUACUUUUCAGCCUUCUAAUACUAAGGAAAGCCUUGCUAAUAAGCAGACAUCAAAGCUGUCCACUUCAAAGCAAGCUCUACCUUUAAGGCCACCUAGUGCUGGCUCUCCUACUAACACCCGGCCAUCUUCAGUGUACUCUGUGCCAGCCUACAGUACACAACCUUCGUUCCAGUCAAACGCCUCUGUCCCAGUAAAUGAAUCAUAUUCACCUACAGGCUACUCUGCAUUUUCUAAGCCAGAAACCACCACAUCCUCUUUGUUUACUGCUCCGAGGCCAAAAUUUUCAGCAAAGAAAGCCGGCGUCAUUGCACAGGAAAGAAGCAGUGGACGCUCAUUAUCACUUCCUGGGAGACCUUCUUCAUUCAUUUCUGGAGCCAUGUCUCCUACUUCUCCUCUUAUAUUUCAGCCUUCCCCUGAUUACUUCAGCAAGCCAGACACAGCAGCUGACAAGCCUGGCAAGAGACCUACUCCCUGGGAAGCAGCAGCAAGAUCCCCUCUUGGUCUCGUGGAUGAAGCUUUUAGGCCUCAAAGUAUGCAGGAAUCCAUUGCUGCUAAUGUAGUGUCAGCUGCUCGCAGGAAAACACUGCCUGAGCCACCAGAUGAAUGGAAACAAAAAGUUUCUUAUGAGCCUCCAGCCCCAAGUGGUAGUGUAGCCUUACUAGGAGGGAAGCAAUUUUUACCACCCCCAAAAAGCUCCCUGUCUGCCCCAAGUGCCACCACACAGGCUGGCUCUCAGCAGCAGUAUGCUUACUGCAGUCAACGGUCCAGAACAGAUCCUGAUAUAAUGUCCAUGGAUUCCAGGUCUGACUAUUGCUUCUCAACAGCUGAUUCAAACUAUAAUCCACAGCCAAGGGGAUGGAGGCGUCCAACAUGAGCAGCUAGCAGAAGGGCCUGGCAUAUUUUCCCUUCUUUCAGCUUUUCAAGCCUUAGAUUUGAGUUGGAGAAGGAAAGUUUCUUGCUGGCCUGAUGAUCUCUGAACUAAAGAAAUGAGGAGGAAAAAUUGUACGGAGCACAGUUUUCACAUGACUACAGGGCUAGCAGCCUCUAGAAUAGACUCAGUUUUACACCUAACCUAAGAUUCUUCUGUUCCUUAAAAAUCAAACCCACACAUUUCUUGGGGUAAGGGGGGGAUGAAACCGGUGCAAUC